GAUCUACGAUACGCUCUCACAAAUUAAAUCGUCCCGAGAAGAUGGCAUUCAAGGGGAUUCAGCUGGUGGUCAGCUUACUGGCUGCUUGCAUGAUGCAAAGGAUGGCACCACAUUAUUCCUUUGCCCGCUGGCUCCUCUGCAACGGCAGUUUAUUCCGGUAUAAGCACCCAUCAGAAGGAGAGCUGUGUGCUCUGGCAGGGAAGCAGAUGCCCAAAGCUGGCAGGAGAGACAGGAGACAAAACGGGGAAAGUAAGCCUCUCACAGUGCCUAAGGACAUUGACCUUCAUUUGGAGAAAGCUCCAGUCAACGCCCUUGAUGCUCUUGUGUUGCGUUUCUUCCUGGAGUACCAGUGUUUGAUAGACUUUGCUGUCUAUGCGACUGGUGUCUUCCUGUUCACUGAGUGCUACUACAGUGUAUUGGAUGCCAACAAAGAGGUCAAUAUGGGAGCCAUCUGGUGUGUCCUGACUAUUUUUCUUGCCCUGAGGACCUUGCACACACUGAUGAGCCACUACUUUCAGUCAGAUGAGGGUGGUGAGCGCUCAGUAUGCCUGGCCUUUGGAUUCCUGUCUCUUCUUAUGGCCAUGCUGGUGCUGGUGGUCAGAGAAGACUACCUGGAGUUUGGCCUAGAUUCAGGCUUUGUUAGCCUUUUUGACAACUUAGAGAUAUUUGCCAAACAGCAAGGCUAUGCUGACUGGUCAGUACCAGUCACUAAGCUGACAGUAAAGCUAGGUCUGGCUGCUGUCUGUGCUUAUAUCGGUGCUCUUCUUGCCUUCCCUGGGCUGCGAUUGGCUCAGACUCAUCUAGAUGCUGUACAGAUGAACUCAGACCGCCCACUCGUCCAGAUUCUAUUGCACAUGAGCUUUCUGUCUCCAGUCAUCAUAUUGGUACUUUGGGUCAAGCCAAUUGCUAGGGACUUCCUGGCCAAUGCACCAAUGGGUAAAACCUCUAUUACACUUGUGUCCAGUGCCACAUUUGAUAGUAUGCGCCUAUGGAUAAUAGUGGUACUGUGUGUGCUGCGGCUGGCUUUGACCCGUUACCACCUGCAGGCCUACCUCAAUCUGGCACAGAAGUGGGUGGAACAGAUGAAGAAGGAGGCCGGCCGUAUUGCUGCUAUCGACAUCCAGAGAAAGGUUACCCGUGUGUUCUGCUAUCUGACGGUAGUUACCCUGCAAUACCUGGCUCCUGUUGUGCUCAUCCUUUUCUCCACACUUGCCCUAAAGGCACUAGGCGACUUCUCCUGGGGUUUGGGUGCAGAGGAGACACCUGGGGUAACCCCCGUGCUGGUGAUGCCCACUGUAGCGCCAGUCUUACCCAGUGGAGUUGAUGAAGAUGAGGAGGGGCCUGAAGAUAUGGAGGAGGAUAUACAGGCCACCGUUGCCCACCUUUUAGAGGCCUUCAGCGCACUGCGCUCUGUCCUGACCCCUCUCUUCUUCCGAGGCUUCUUUGCUUUCCUGACCUGGUGGGUGGCCGCCUGCCAGGUUGUCAGCUCUCUGUUUGGCAUCUACUUCUACCAAUACCUCAUGCACAACUGAGGCAGAGCGGCACAACACUCAACUCAGAAUGCAACACCAGCCCCAGGCUUUUAUUACCCAGUUGCGCAGUAUGCCUACAGACCGCAAGGUGGGCGUUUUGAUUGAAACACACAGGAGUCUGAUAGAAUGGUUUUCUUUUGUAGGGGGGGGGGGGGGUUCUCACAUUUUCGGUCAUAGCAGCAAUUGUAACUAAAUUGCCAAACUGUCUUGAAAGUUGACAGGUUGAAAGGCCCUGUCUUUUGAGUCUUUGCUGCACUGUUGCCUUUUAGGCUACGCUUGACCAGGAGGCUACUGUUCCAUCUAUGCAUGACUGGGAUUACUAUAAAGGGAACUGAACGCUGUCCAAAUACCCUGGCAUGAGAUGUUUCUGUAACUUUCUCCAGUACAUCUAUGCCAGUAAACAAUUUUGUUCUACACACGGAACACUGCGAAAUGCUGCAGAACAGAUUUGAAUAGGUAGCAAGGUAGGCACCACUACUUCUAGCCUGUGUAGAUUAGAUUAUUUAUGAGAGGGAUUCCAAGUAACCGGUUUAAAGAGUGCUCAAAGAUGUUACUGCUUGAGUUUUGUCUGCUAUACCGUAUUGAUUGCAAAACAGUUGUUAAGCUCAGAUCCAGCCUAUUCUAGCAAAGUUGACCAUGGAUCAGUGAAAACUCCAGUUGUGGCUAUCCAUCAGUCAUAAAUGUGUUUGUUUAACCUAAAAACCAAAUGAGUGGAGAGUGGGGAGCUUUUAAGGCAGGUCAGUUUUAUUUGUAUGGCCCAUUAUCACAAGUUAGAAAUUUGCCUUGGUGGGCUUGUUAUUUAAGGAAGGAGUUCACUUCAGAAUUCUCAAGUGCCUGAGAACUCAGGGAUUUUGAAUGAAUUUUAAGAUACUCUUCUCUCCCUGUUCAUGUGGUUUUAGAUUAUUUUACAGUGAAUGGAUAAGUUUAUCACUCUAAUCCCGUGCUUUUUUUUGUUUUUUUUAAUCCUCUAAACUGCAAUGUCCAAUCGUCUCAGUUACUUAAAUGGAGUUCGGAAUUUGUUUUUAUUGCCAAACUACGUGCAACAAAGAUUAAAGGGGGACUCUGCUUUGAAUCCACCUUGGGUCUGCAAUGGAUUUGCCUACUGUAUCAGUGUCAGCGCUUUGUUUUUAAUUAAUUUAUUCAUAUGUUGCUUUCGAAUAACUUAUUGUCAGUGGCACAGAUGUAUAUACGCUGUACAUUUGUACGUUCCAUUUGUGUCAAGUUUGAUUUGAGAGAAACUUGUUGUCAGAUGGUAUGAUUGAAUGACCUGAAAUGCUGUUAUACUGUGAAGUUGACAUAAAAAAAUUGUUCUGAACCUUUUUACAUCAUUUAAAGAGACUUAUUGAAUGCAUGGUGUGCGAGCAUUUGGCUAUAAUCUGAAUGUUUUUUUUUGUGUGUGUGUGUGGCUUAAUAAAUUCUUAUUUUA